AUGGCGCAGGCGCCGCCUGCUUAUAUUAAUAUUCCCCAGCCGGGCUCCAAUCCAGACACCCCGUCCGAAAUACCCGGCACGCCAACCAGCGCCACCACCUCGCUCUCCGCGCUCUCAACCACCGCUAUCAAGGAUGGUCACCGCGGCCAUCUGCCCGGCGGGCCCCUCGGCCGCGGUCACCAGCACACACCCUCCACCACCAGCCUCGAAGCCGAACGAGCCGAUCGCAUCUCCCGCCUCGCCGGCCUCGAACGCGUGUCAACGCUGCGCGCGCCCCCGACCCAACAACCCAUAGCGACUAGCGGACUCAACAGCGGCGCAGGCGGCGAUGCCUCGUCGCUUUCGCCGCAGACGACGCCGACCUCUACAACUGGCUUCCCGGCCAACUUUCCCGCAUCGCAUAACCUCACACCCUCGUAUUUUGACGUCAACGGCCAGCCCGUCGCCGUGACCAAGAUGAGCACCGUAGGCACGGCCAGUGCGACGGAGAGUAGCCGUCAUGGCGAAGGCAACGACUCCCGACAAACGGCCGGUGAUAGGGAUGAGGAUAUGUUUAGCACAGACACAAACUACCGUGAGACAGCCGAGUCUGUUGCCAGCAUGGCAGCGGAACCAGACGCCAUGGACGAGGACAUGGAUGAGGGAAUCGCCACUCGCUCUGUCGGCGGCUAUGAAGACAGGAUGAGCGACGACGGAUCGGCCUCUCUCGUUGGUUUCGGCGAAGGCGCAAACAGCACAGUUUCGGGACCCAUCUACCACCGCAGGCCGGUGCCAGGCCCAGCUUCCCAAGCCCAGCAAGCGCCUUGGACCGUGGAGCGCACCGCCUCGGGCCUCAGCGACAUCCGCCGCGAGCGCGACUUCGCCAUGGUUUCCGGUGCAGGCAGCGACAUGCCGGCGAGCGCCGCUGCCCUGCAGGAGCGUCGUGAGGCGCGCAUGAUUGACGGAGUGGCCGCCGAUUCCGGCUACCCCGGACCAGAAUACGAGCCUUAUGUAGAUACCACGUUUCGAGGCCCCGUACCCGUCCACCCCACAGGUCUCCGACAUCAGCAGCAGCCGCGCGAGGUUGCCGAGCACAUUGCGCAGCGUCUUGAUGGCGGCAACGCCCGACCUGGUGCACCGCUACUAGGUCAGCCGGGACAGGCAGGUGAGCCGCUAGGACGAUUUUCGUUUGAGGCCGACAGAGACGGAAGACGUGAUUGA